AUGUCGGACAUCGAGACGUUCGAGGUGGUCAGCCACGUCGACGCGGGGGUCGUCGAUGUCGCUGUCGAUGUCCCCAACGAGACGGCGUUUGAGCGCUUGCCCGAUGAGAUUAUUCAACAAAUCCUCGAGGCCACCGAUGCAAACGGGUUCGCGUCGCUGGCGCUGCUCAACUCAAAAUGGCGAAGCGUCGCGCAACAAGCGCACCUCUAUGCCUACCACCUCGCGCGGUGUCCGUCGUAUGCGAUGAGCCACAAGACAGCCGCAACAGCACUGGCCAAGGCCGGCAACGACGAGGACGACCUGCCCCGGCUGCGACGACUGUUUGCGCGCGAGGUCAAGCGCAACCUGUUUGAGGCGUACCUCCGACCCCGGCAGACCACCAUCAAGAUCAUCUCCAACUCGAUUAGCUCGUCGUCGUGUCCGGGCGGGGAGGGCAUCCAGUUCAGCCACUCGCCCAAGGGCCACCACAUGCUGGCGUACAACUCGUCGCGGAUCCACGUGCUGGACAUGCGGGGGGAAGAACAGGCGCCGAUCGAGGUCAAGCGGGAGUUUAAGAUCCUGCGGCGGCCGGCAGCGACGUGUAUCAACGACGAAGGGACGACGCUGGCGGUGCUGGUGACGGAGAUGGAGGUGGACAUUUACGAUCUGCGCCGGCAGCCGCCGAAGCGGACACACUCGAUGAUCCUGGACCACAGCCCGCGGGCGAUCGCGCUGUCUCCCUGCGGGUCGGUGCUAGCGGCCGCGUACGAGGGCGGGAUCGAGGUAUCGGCGAUCCACGCGGGCGCACUAUCGACGGACCGGCGGGCGGUCAAAUGCGACGGGGUGGACGCGCUGGCGUUCUCAUCAGACGGCACGCAGAUCCUGGGCACGACGGUGCAGGCGUCGUCGCAGCAGCCCAGCACGGUGGUGCUCACGGCGCCGUACUACGACCCGGGCAGUCACGGGGCAGCUGACGAUUCUACCGACCUCAACAUCAACGGCAACAACAUCAGCGCGCUGUGGACGACGUCGAUCCUGUUUCCCAACACCAGCCGCGACUGCAGCCAUGCUGUGCUGAUCCAGAACGGCCGGCGGUACGAGGAGGCCGCGUGGGCGUUCACGUACGACCGCAGCUUUGAGACGUUCCGGGCGGUGCGCAUCGACGAUCUGCGGAAUGGCACGACGUAUUUCACGGGGCCCGUGCCGAACCCCAAUCCGAACGCGCAGGCCCGGCUGCUGCCGUGUACGCUGCCGGCUGCUUCACACUACGGGGACCUGGUGGCGGCCGGGUUUCAGGGCAAGGAGAUCUGGCUGUAUGGCGUGCCCGAGGACUUGGAUGCCAUACCGGAGCCGCCGGUCGAGUACGGAUUAGACGGCCUGAACACAGGCACAAACACCACUAACACAAGCGGGAGCUCGGGCGGCAACGGUAGCGGCGAGGCAGCAGCGCGGGUGCCGCAGUGGCAGAUCCUGUGCGACAAGCUGCGCAACACGUUUGUGGCUGGGAGUAAAGUGGGCGAGCUGGAGGGGGUGCACACGGCCAAGUUUGUGGCCGAUUUUGGGGGAGUUCCGGCUAGCGAAUGGAGCAUGAAAGAGCGGCUGGUGGUCGGCGCGCGGGGCGUCACGCCGGGCGCGGCCAACGGCGGGUUGACGGUCACGGUUACCGACGAAGAGGCGCUCGACAUGGACUUUGUCGACGGUGGGCGUAUUACGAUCCUAGACUUUGACUACGGCGUCUCGGACGGCACGGCGCGUGAGUUCACAAUCGAGGUCGGCAACCAGGAGGCGCCUGAGGUGCUGGAGGAGGAGCACCGUGAUAUGGCGACAGAGGUGGCCAUUGUGCGGCGGCGGACGGUGGCCCAGAGCCGCGGGGGUAGGGGCGGUGCUGGUGGUCUUUCCCGGGCGCCGGCCAUGCCUCUUCUCCCUGCGCUGCCGACGAUACAGACACAGACGCAGGAUGGGGAUCGGGACGACGACGAUCCGCUUCUGCCACGGCGGAUGGGCGGUCCCAACAGCAGCGGCGGUCAUAACAACAACAGCAACAACAGCGAGAAUCACAACAACAACGCUGACUCUACCAUCCCCUCCCCCGAAGAAGCCGAAACAGAAUCCAUCGAAGAACAAGAGGCCCUCGACGCCCCCUACGCCCACGCCAGUCCCCGCUCCGGCACCACCCUCCGCCGCGCAGCCACAGCAGCAGCCAACAACCGCCGUCUACACCCCUCCGCAGCCGCCGCGGCCAACGAACAUAUCGUCUACCGCCGCGCCGACGGCCGGGCCGAGCACCCACACGAAAGCGACGCCGACAACUGGGUGCCGCCGCCGCCGCCGUAUCAGAAAGAGGACCCGGGGGAUCUCCCGUCGUUUUUGAGACACGCUUCUAUUGCGCCUUUGCCUUCUUCUGUUACUGGGAGUGUUGCUGGUGCUAUUCCUGGUACUGGUGCUGGUGCUGGUGUUACUGGGAGUACCGCCGAGCAGUACCAACAGCAACAUCCCCCUCAACAACAGCUUGAGCAACAUCACCCGCAACACUUUGAGCAACGCUCUGAGCAACAACCACAGCACUUGCAACACCCUGAGCAACCGUACCAGCAACACCCUGAGCAACAUUACCAGCAAUACCCUGGGCAACACCCUCAACAGCAACCUCAACAGCAACCUCAGCAGCAACCUCAACACUUGCAACAACACCCCGAGCAACCUUACCAGCCAUACUCUGAGCAACGUGUUGAGCAACACCCUCAACACCCAGCUCAUAGUGGGGUUACACUUGCACCUGUUGAUACGAGGGUAACGGUGUCUCACGCCCCCGAUGUGCCUCAGCCCGUCGGACAACACGGUCACAGCGGCAGCAUCAACUCUCUCGAACCCGCCCCGGUCGUGCGACGUCUGUCAGUCUCGCGGACGUGGCCUAUCCAGCCCAUGCCCAUCAACACCGGGCCAGUCCCCAAUGCCCCCAACACCAACCCCGGAUAUCCCUACUCGGCCCCUGCGCAUGCCAAUCACGCUCAGGCCCCUCCGUUUGUUCCGUAUCCCGGCCAGACGCCGGUUCACCAGCACCAGCACCAGCAACCCGCACCAGCACACCCCGUGCCCGGCAUAGCACACGCUUCGACAAUGCCUAUGCCCGGCUUCCAGCUCCCGAACGGGCCUCUGCCGGGGCCGUUUGACCCGCACGCUCUGCCCGUUCCCGGAGAAGGCCCCGGCUGGCGACGCACCUCGUACCAGCGGCCGGUGUCGCAGCAGCAGCACUACUCGUUUCCUCGCCCGCGCGCCGCGUCGAAUACGCCAGCGCCAGCGCCAAUGCCAGCGUCACUCUCAGUACCAGCACCAAUGCCAGCUCCCGUACAAGCCCCCGCAUUCUCCGCCUUCCCGGCCCGCGCUACCAUCCACGAACCACAACCGCGCCGGGCCCCGCUGCCCCCCGCCGAAGACAUGCCCCUCAUCAUCAGCACCCCCAAGGGCGUCUCCGGCGCCUUCGACACCCCGGACCAGCAGCACCACCACAACCACCCGUCCGACGCCCGCGCCGAGACGCCCAUCUACUCGCCCGUCCCACGCCAUCCACGCCCGCAAACCCAAGCCUCCAUCCUCCGCCCACCGCCUCAAAUCCUCCCGCACGACCCCGUCGUCGACUCACCAUCCUCCGCUCCGGGAGUCUACCACGGCACACCCACCAGUCUCCACAGCCACCACACCCACCACAGCUACUUCCCGCCCGGCAGCCUCCCCGGCCCAGGCGGUCCCGGCGGAUCAGGCGCAUCCUCCUCCUUCCUCACCAUCCCCCCACCUCCCCCCAUCCCAGAAUCCUCCACACCCCCCGGCCGCUCGCGCUCGUCCCGUCCCACCUCCCUCGCUACCUCCUUACUCUCCCGCCGCCUACCAAGUCUCAGCCGAAAACAAAGCCGCGCCGAGCGAUCGGCAGCCAAGAACCUGGCCGACGCCAAACGAAACGGGUGGAGCGGGAGUAGGAAGAGGAAGAGGGGGCCAGGUAGGAUGAGCAGGGAAUAA